UGUGCGCAUGUUCCACUGGCUCUUUGUGUCGUCGCUCCUUCUCCAUUGGCUCUGCCUCUGCCCUGCGCUCAGCCUGCACACCGGACCAGCCUUCACACAGCAGAGUGCGUGCGCCAAACGUAUGUGUGCAUCCAACCCACGCUGCUUGUAACAGGACUUAGCUUCCCACGCUGCUCCGAAGAGAAAAAAAAGAUGGAGAAAAAGAGCGAGAUCAACGGGCACGCCAUGCCCAGCUCGGCCUCCACCGACAGGAUCCUGGAGAAAGGCGCGCAGAAAAGCUUCUUGGAGAAGCUGAUGGAGUUUCUGAGAAAGAACCUGCUGGUGAUCAUGACGGUGUCCGGGGUGCUGGUGGGCGUCGGGCUCGGCAUGAUGGUCCGCAACAUGAACCUGACCAAAGCGCAGAUGACCUAUUUCGCCUUCCCCGGAGAGAUGCUACUUCGGAUGCUGAAAAUGAUCAUCCUACCCCUGGUCGUCUGCAGCCUUAUUUCCGGCGCCGCCAGCCUAGACACGCGUUCCCUGGGCAAGCUGGGUGGCAUCGCAGUCGCCUACUUUCUGGUGACCACGCUGAUCGCCUCGGGGAUCGGGGUGGCCCUGGCUUUCAUCAUUAAACCCGGCGUGGGUGCGGGAGCUCUGAACACCAACAGCCUGGGGCUGGAGAGCGUCAGCAGCAACAAGGAGACCACGGACUCGUUUUUGGAUCUGGCCAGGAAUUUAUUCCCAGCAAACUUGGUGGCUGCUGCUUUCCGUUCUUAUGCCACUGACUACAAGAUGGUUGCUGUGGGCAACAACACCAAUGGGACCACCCUGUAUCAAAAGGUUCCUGUUGGUACAGAAACAGAUGGCAUGAACAUCCUGGGUCUGGUUUUAUUUGCCAUGGUGUUUGGUGUGGCGCUGAGAAAGCUGGGAGAUGAGGGAGAGGAACUAAUUCGUUUCUUCAAUGCUUUCAAUGAGGCCACCAUGGUGCUGGUGUCCUGGAUCAUGUGGUAUAUCCCUUUUGGCAUCAUGUUCCUGGUUGGUAGUAAGAUUGUGGAGAUGGAAGAUGUAGUUCUUCUGGUCACUAGUCUGGGGAAAUACAUCUUCGCCUCAAUCCUGGGCCACAUUAUCCACGGGAUCGUCCUGCCUCUCAUCUACUUUGGCUUCACACGCAAGAAUCCCUUCAGUUUCCUGUCAGGCCUUAUCACACCCUUCACCACUGCCUUUGCCACCUGCUCCAGCUCAGCAACUCUUCCCUCUAUGAUAAAGUGUGUUGAGGAGAAUAACGGUGUUGACAAACGCAUCAGCCGCUUCAUCCUUCCCAUCGGAGCCACAGUGAACAUGGACGGAGCGGCCAUUUUCCAGUGCAUCGCUGCCGUCUUCAUCGCUCAGCUCAACAAUGCUGAGCUGAACGCUGGACAGAUCUUCACCAUCCUGGUGACAGCCACAGCCUCCAGUGUCGGUGCUGCAGGCAUCCCAGCUGGCGGCAUCAUCACCAUCGCCAUCAUCCUCGAGGCCAUUGGCCUGCCAACCAACGAUCUGUCCCUCAUGCUGGCUGUUGACUGGAUUGUGGAUCGUACCACCACUGUGGUGAAUGUGGAGGGUGAUGCUCUGGGUGCUGGAAUCCUCCACCACAUCAACCAGCAGGAGAUGAAGAAGCAGCAGGAGCACCAGCAGCAGCAGGGAGGGGAGCUUGCGGAGGUCCGGGUGGAGGCAGUGGCCAAUGUCCAGGCAGAAGAGGAGACCUCGCCGCUGGUCACGCACCAAACCAAAGGCUUAGAGGCCACGCCGGAAGCUAUCGAGUCUGUCCUGUGAACUCAGCCAUACUCUCAGCAAGACUUUCACCUGUGAGGAAAAAGUGCCAUAGUAACAGUCUGUUUAGAGCAUUGACUGUCUACAAUGCACUUGCUGCUGCUGUUUUGAAAUUUGGUCACUUGGGCCACUGUCUCAAUAGCUGGGUUUCCAUCCAAAUAUUUCAACUCAGAUCAGGAUAUAAUGGAUUUGAAAAUUAUUCAGUUUGAAAAUAUUUCCUCAACAUAGAAGAAAGGUUUUUUAAUUUUCAGAUUUUUUGUAUUUUUUUAAAAUCUUGAUUACAACAUUUUGCGAUAUACAAGGAUGGAAACACACAUUCCCAUAAAUUACAUAGUUUUGUUUGUCUCGUGAGGUGUUUGAGACAGGUGUGGCCAUGUUUGUAUGUUAGAACAUCAUCAAGUGCAUUUCUUUGUUUUUUUUUUUUUCUUCAGACAGCAAACACAAUGACCAACAUUAACAGUAGAACAUUAACUAUUUGCCAAAAUCUGACCAGUCAAAGUGUCCAAUGCUUGCAGCUUAAUCACACGUUCUGGAAGCUUGUUUAGUCUCUAACAAGAUAACAUUCUGUCUUUAAAUUAAAGUCAGGUACAAGUAGGAACUUUUGCUUCAAGGUUUAAAAUAGCUGUCACAACCCAGAGAGAUGUUUACAGGAUGUGACCAGACUUGUGUUUGCUGACCAUCAGCAGACUGUCAAACAUUAACCCUUCAAAUGAUAAGAAUAGAAGAAGAAUUUGGCCUGUUUUUUUUGGCAAGCCUAUUGACCCAGUCUGCCUAGCAUGGUAAAGAAUUUCAAGGCUGGACCAUAUAAAAUAGUAUACAUGCAUUCGUACCUGUGUGUGUAUUGCCAUUAUCGAUAAACCCAGUGACAUCCCAGACUAAUCCUGUUUAUCCCUAAGUAAACAGAAUGUUACAAACAAAAUGGUAUUUACAUAGUCAUGGUUCUCCAAAUCUCUCUCAUGGAAAAAGACCUAAUAAAUAGCCAAAUGCAAACAGGAUAAGGCACAGAUAUUAUGUGCCUUCAUUUCCAUUUCAUAUCAGCAUUUUAGAAUUGGUCCAUAGUUGCUUUACAAAUUUGCUCCUGGAGUCUGCGUACUAAUAAUGGCUACACUCUGAACACCCAGCUGUUGCAGCCAGCUUUCACAGUUGCUAAUGCACCAAGGGUUAUCUAUGUAUAAAGGAAAGUAGCUAUUUUAUUUUGAGUUUUGUUUGUUAAUUAGCCAGCUAAUGCAAUGUUAACAUGCAAUGAUCAGUUAGCUGUGACUCAAACUUGUUUCUUAGCUGCUGUUUAUUUGGCCAAUGUGCAUAUCAGAUGUUCAGACUAUGUCAUCGUUAGCUAACCUGAUUAUUUUUAAGUUUGAAAUUGUAACAAGUUAAACAAAAAGAUACUAGAUUCAUUUAUGGUGAAAAAAAACCCCCAGCUCAGUACAGAACAGAAAUUAAGCUAAUCUGUUAAGUCCUGUUGAGACAGCAGAGUUGUAAUCAUGUAAAUGCAACCUGCAAUUCUUGCCCAAAAGUUGAAGACCACAAACAUGGCCGCAAGAUGGAGAGAUAUUUGAAGGCAUCUUAAUAAGCUAAUGGGAUACUGUCAAAGAUAUGGACAUGGCCAGAAUUACAAUUGACUGUUAGUUUGCAAACAUAAUAUUUUGGCAUCACCAAAACACCCAGUUAUUAAAGAACACACAUUUGAUUAUGGUUGUCAGUAAGGUCAGUGGUUUAGGAUGGUUUUGUUUAAGAAAUCCUAGAAAAUCCAUAAGGAAUUCACUAAAAACUCAGAGCAUCAUCAAAUGUUUAUUCACAAAUACUGGACCAAGCUGAACGAUGAGUUCACACCAUACUAUUCUCUACUGCCAUUAUUUGGAGAAUCCAUCCUUUGAUUUCAAAGGGAUUUUUUUCAGUGGUGUCUCAAAAGCUUGCACAUAUUCACCUUCAGUGGAAGUUACAUUAAUUUUUGAGGGGAAAUUGCCGUGCUUCCCAAGCUAUGUCACAAUCCAUGAUUCGUAACACUAAAACCUCCAAACUGGCUAAACUCUCUUACUGGCUAAAUUUUAGGGCAGAAAUUAGCAACAUAUCUUUCCUCAGUCAGUGGGAUACAUUAAUGGCUGUCAUUGCUAGAUCACUUUAAAGGGAACAUUGGUCAUUAUCCUGGCUUAAUUGAUGGGAUUUUUUAAGUGCUCCAAAUAACUGACUGGUAGUUUUCUUUAAUAUAGGGAUACAAAGUGUAAGAUCAGACUUGCGCCUCCCAUAGUUGAUGUCCAUAUAAUGUGGCAUACGGUUGUACAUGAAUGAAACUGUGCCAAUUUUUGAAUGGUUUAGCAGAAAGUCAACCCUUAGGAUACAGGACUUGACAGAACCAGAAUCAGAAUUUAUUGCCAAGUAAGUUUGCACAUGCAAGGAAUUUGUCUUGUAUAUCGGUGCUAAAGAACAGUGAUAGUAAAAGAAGAGCAACUGACUGACAGGAUGAGCCUGUGCUGUCCUCUAGUGGUGACAGGCAUUAAUGUGAAGUUCAGAAGUAAAAAAGUGAGGGUGACUGCAUUCGUUUUUUAGCUGACAUAGCUGAAUGAUAUCAGUGGUAAUACUUCCUAUUUAUUUGAUUUAUUAUUUAACAUAAAUAGGGAACAACUGGUGAUGAGACAGCGUCAUUACUCAGUCUUGUGAUGUUAUGCUGUAUUUUAAAGUGAAGACCACUAAGAGGUGAAGGAUCUUUAUGUAUGAAUGUGCAUUUUAUUCAUGUGCUGAGAUGCUCAUUAUGACGUGGUAAUGCUGCUUUAGUUUUGGAUCAUAGUAUGUAUGUUGAAACUGUCUACUUAAAAUAUGAAGUAAACUAGUAUGUUUGAUGAUGAUUUUUCUAAGCUAACCACUGUUCUAUUAACCUGAACCGAAAUAAUUUAAUGACUAGGUUUUAUAUAUAUACAUGCACACACACACAUCCAUAUAUAUAUAUAUAUAUAUAUAUAUAUAUAUAUAUGUGCGUAUGUGUGUGUGAAUGUGAUGUUAGAUGAUAUUAAUUUAUUAUAAUUGUUUUAACUUUUUGUAUUAUUUGUAUUCUCUCCUUUUAAUCCUUUCCCUCAGUAUAAAUUCCCUCAGUAUAAAUUUUUUUAUUGCUAUGAUUAACUUUUUUAUUGAAUUCCUCUGCCCCAGUGUUCCUGAGAAAACUCUUGUUAGAAAUGUUCUUUCAUUUCUAUGUGUAUUUAUGUUUAGGUGUACCUUGCCUGUGCCAUGUCAGUGUCUAACACAUUACAGCUAUCUCUUUGCUGUUGGUCCUGCUGUCUGUCAACAUUAAAGGGGAUACAGUAAAAAUUUUCAUGGAACCAAAA